ACUGGACGUCGUCUCUGGCCAGAAAUACGUCUAGCUUCUACUUCGGAUCCAGCCUCUCGCCAACACCUCCUCACCACUACAACAAACUAGCCAACCCAUCAUGAAGCUCUUGGCCCCCAUUCUAGCCACCACCUGCCUGGCUAGUAGCGUCCUAGCAGCUCCCCGCAGUGGGCUAGCAGAGCGCAUGCAAGCCCGGUCCAUGGCUCGUGGUUCGCGUCCCCUACAGCCACACCCUUCAGAAUCAGACCCCAAGAGCAACCACCGCGAGGAAGUGGCUUCGUCUCCAAACACAUCUCACGUCACAUACAGCAGCAAUUGGGCCGGCAUUGUGCGAGAGGAACCGCCCAGCUCAGGCCCGUACACAGCCGUCAGCGCGACCUUUCAGGUCCCCAAGCCCACCGCUGCAGCCAGCAGCCGCGGCACGCAGGCCGGCUCCGCCUGGGUCGGCAUCGACGGCGACACGUACAACGCCGCCAUCCUCCAGACUGGGGUGGAUUUCUACGUCCAGAACGGCAAGGUCUCCGGCGAUGCCUGGUACGAAUGGUACCCAGACUACGCGUACGACUUCGAUCUCUCCGUGAGCCCCGGCGAUACCAUCGUGGCCAAGGUCCAGGCCCUGUCGCCCAGCCAGGGGGUGGCCAUCAUCGAGAACAAGUCUACCGGCCAGAAGGCGACGCAGACGAUUUCCGCCCCUGAAGCGACGGCCACCCUGGCGGGCCAGAAUGCUGACUGGAUCGUCGAGGAUUUCCAGGCGGGCGAUGAACAGGUUGCGCUCACAGACUUCGGCACGGUCACGUUCACCGGCGCGCAGGCCCAGGGCGGGGGCCAGACCGUGGGUGUCCAGGAUGGGACGGUCAUUGAGCUGAAGCAGAAUGAUCAAGUGAUGACGGAGGUGGAUGUACAGAGCGACACGAAGUUCAGCGUUACCUACAUAGGAUGAUUCCCUAGAGGCUGCUGCAUGCUAGCCAUUUCUGUUUCACGUGGCGUUUUUAUCUGAUGAUCCUGGUUGUAUGUAUUGAGCAUAGCUAUUGCCUAUUUAUGAAAGUUCAGGUUUGUUUGAAAAGUCGCUCG